UCUAAGGACUUGCCUCUGCUGCACAGGUUGUGAAGGAGGGGAGAAAGAGUGAAACAGAGAGAACAGGAGUGGUAGAGGAGCGUGUUAACAACUGCUGGUGAGGGAAAGAGGAGGUGAAAAAAAAGAAAGAGUCUGUUCAGUUUAUUGUUUUUCUAAGAGAAGAAGGAAGGAGUGAGGCAGGAGAGAGAAGACUUCAGGAGUGGGACUACCCAGCAGUGGGAGGUUCCUCCAGGGAGGUUAUAGUGAUCCUCGGUAGCGACCUCUCCUUUCCGCUGGGAGUCAGACCCCCAGGAUCCAGAGCCAUGGAUCCCUCCGUUUCGACCGAGGUCGAGGAGGAGCCCAAGGAGAGGAAGAAGAUCCAAUUUGCUGUGCCGGCCUCUGCGCCCACCAACCUGGACCCUCGACAAGUGGAGAUGAUCCGGCGCAGGAGGCCCACACCUGCCACGCUGUUUAGAGUAGCCGACCAAUCAUCCCCUGAGGAUGAUCAGUCCACCCAUCAGGUAAAGUGGGUCGUAGGAGAGAACGGGGUGCUCAAACCAAAACGUGUCAACCCAAAUGUGUAUCAGCCUCCAUCACUCAAAGCUGUGCAGAAGAUGGCUGAAGCACACAUGCAGAACCUAGGUGUCUACCCCCCUUUGGAAGACCCUUGUGAAGGGGAGGAGGAUGAGGACAACUGGCAGGGAAAGGAGGGAGAGGACACAUCUCCCACCAAAGCUGCUGAUCACCAAGAGACGGCGACCACCGAGCAGUCAGACAAGUUUUCCAGUGUGAGAGAGACGAGCAAGGAGGAGGACGACGAUGACGAGGAGGAGGAGGACGGGGACAAACUCAAGGAAACGACAGAGGAGAACAGCCGGGGGAGUAACUGAGAGAACGAGAGAGAGAGAGAAAGAGAGAACGAGAGAGAGAAAGAGAAAGAGAAAGAGAAAGAGAGAGCAGGGAAAACAUUUGGAGGGAAGUUGAAGGUGUUUUAUCAAAUGGUUAAAAUCUGAAGAACUCGGAUGAGGUGAGCUGUUUUGUGGGUGUGUGUGUGUGUGUGUGUGGAGACGUCCAUGAAAUCAAGCGUGAGCGAGCAGAGGUUUAACCUCUGAUGGGCGAGGGUGGAUUAAAGCGAAGGACAGAGGGGGAGUUUGUGUUUUAGCAGUCGGCCUUUAUGAGCAGGCGAGGAAUGAUACUGACAGAGCAGACUACAGACGCCACUUUGGCCCUAAUGUCCCUUUGUUUAUAGAGAGAGUGGAGGGGCCAAGGUCAACAUGACCAAAUACCCUGUUAGACCAGUCCUCCCUCCACCUUAACGCUUCUGCACAGAGCUGCAUGUUCCUUUAAAGAGGGUAAUAACGACCACCAUCAUCACCAGAUACACACAUAUAAACUCUCUCGGGCACAAUUCAAACAGAGACUCUUAUGCGACCCUUUCAAAAGUACUUGAAAGUCUUUAAACGUGUGUGUUCCACUUAUUUACUUUUGAGGCAUCUCUCUCAUAGUUCAAUGUUUAGCCCUGUGAUUAAAUCUGCAUGUAGUGCCAUCUUGUGUUGACAACAGGAACAGCAGGUUUAAAGUGAUCCUCCAACCCAACACACUGAUUGCAUCAACUGCUUCAAGUUAAAAUACUCAAUAUUUUUACUGAAUGAACGCAGUUGUAAUACUUGUUCAUGACUGACUUCAGCCAUUCAGUGAAUUCACAUUGUGUAACUUUCUCUCAAGCAGGAUUUACAGUAUUUUGUUAUUCUCUUGUGGGAUUCAAAUAACUGAAGCACAAAAUUAAUUCACAAAAAUGUAAUGAUAAAAUGACCCCUAACACCAGAAUAAAUCUUGGCAAUGUAUAUUUUUGAAACUUUUGCAUUUCUUUAUGUUUAAUUCUUUAUUUAAUGUCAUGACAGCACUGUGCUCACGGUCUGGUUUGGUUUAAGGCAACAAAAACACGUAGUUACGGUUAUAAAAAGACAAUGUUGGGGAUGACCUGGUUCUGUUGUCACUAACUCAGCUGGAAAUUGUUCCACUGUCUUGUUAAAAAUGGUUUCACACUUACAACUGUUGAAACAUCGUCUAGAACCGCUGUCUUUUUUGCUUGGACGGUGGAUGCCAAGCUGUCACGCCAGCCGCCAUCCUCACUAAACCAACACAUCCUCAACCUCUGUUGUACGCUCACUGUUUAGUUCAGACGAGAAAACUACUCGGUUAGGUUCAGGAAAACAUCAUAGAUUGGCUUAAAAUAUUUAUAGAGUUAGGAGAUUACUUAAGUAACACAUCUGCUGUUUGCAUAAAUGUACACUGCCGACAUCUUAUUCUCUCGUUCUCCUAAUCAGAGCUGAAAUCUUGUUGAUUGUGAAUUUUUAAGCUUUAAAAUGUGGCUGUUGCUGCUUUCAUUUGUCAGCUGAAACGUCUCAGAGCAUUUCUGUUUCACUGAAAUCAUUUUGGGGUGGAGAAUCACUUUAUUCACGGUGAUUUCAACGACAACAGCCACAAUGUUUGCCGACAUCUGUGUUAAAUCUGUGUGCAAGUGGGUGAUUGCGUGGUCGUCUGACACCACAUGUCAUAUUUGAGUAAAUUUAAUCUCUAAAGGGCAAAGCUACCUCUGAUUUUUUUUUUUUUUGACAGAACCCAACCCCCCGCCUCCUCCCGCACAUCACACACUUGAACUCGACUUGUUGUGAACUGACACCAUGUGAAGGAUUUAAAAAAAAAAAAAAAAAGAAAGAAACUCAUGUAAAAUCUUUUCCAUUUGGGAUUUCUCAGUGCUCGCAGAUUCCCUUUUGUAUGUUAACACUUUUCUAUCUUCAUCUUCUGAUUUGUUGUAAGAGCUAUUUUUCUAAUCUAGCGUCCAGUGUGUGAGUAGCUCGGCUCUGUCCUGUUUUCUAUCCUGCAUCAGUCGUGCAGCAGAGAAAGCUUAUAAACAGGCGGUUAUAUGACAAAUGAUGACUGCACAAACUCUCUGUAGUCUUUUUAACCACAAAUAUUCACUCGGUUGCUCUUUUUCUCUGCGUCAGCAGCAACUUUUAAAUUUUUUGUAGUCGACACUCUGUCAAAUUUCAUUUCCAGUCUUAACUUGGAGGAUUCAGCAUCUGGUGUGUGAGCAGGUUUUCCAGGAUGAAUAAAUGUUGCUUGUUUGUUUGUUUAAUCCGAGCUGCGGUUUGUACAUAAAAACUGUUUUUUUAACCUCUGACCUGCCCGAGUUGUGGGAUGACUGGAUGAGCAGGUCGUGUGUGUCGAGGCUCUGCAGCCGACGCCGUCCUCCCUCCUCCUCCGCUCUCUGUCCGCCUCCUCUCUCCCCCUCCUGGGUCAGAACGAAAACAGCCGUGGAAAGUCAUGUAUGAACUCUUACGCUUGUUCUGUCUUUAUUUUUAUUUUUGUUUUCUUCCAUUCUCUUGUUUCUCAAUGUGAUGUGGAUGUUUUAAAGUGAGCAACAAUAUGAUAUCAAAAUAAACAGUUUUUUCCUUUUCUCCUUUAAAGUGAUCUGCAUGUGUCGUGCGUGUGUGAAAUGAAACUUGUGCGAGGGAACGUGAGCUUUCAUUCAUUUUGUUUUGUUUUGAUUUUUGUUUUCAGUCACUGUUCUCCAUGAAACACAAACACUAAAAAAUACAUGGUUUAUUUAACAUAAAAGCACACGAAGAUUCUCACGACAUGAGGAGAAAGGAGAAAAUGUGUUGUGUGGCUUUACAAAAUAAGAAUGAUUUAUAAAAUACUGAUUCUUAUUCUCAUGUAAAAUCAGAAAUAAACACUUUUCUGGUGCAAAGCAAAAGAGCAAGUAGUGAACAGUACAUUUU